UGACAACUUCAUAUAUGUUGCAAAAAAAAUAGGAUAACCAAAACAUUUGCACCUUCUGCCAGUUAAAUUAUUUAAUUUAUCGGAAUUAAACAAUAAUUUAAAACAGUUAAUUAAUUUCAGUGUAAGUUUUUUAAUAUAUUGUAGUAAUUAUGGAUCCUGCACUUCUCAGGGAAAGAGAACUUUUUAAAAAGAAAGCGUUAACCACUCCAACUAUUGAAAAGAAGAAAAAAGAGACGGUAAAAGAUCCACGCGAUGAACUUAAAAAGAAACCAAAACCCUCGACUGUGUCAUCGGCACCAAAACUUAAUGUUGUUAAUUACAAAUCGAUGAGUGGUAGUUCACAAUAUAAAUUUGGAGUUUUAGCAAAAAUUGUAAAACAUAUGAAAACAAGACAUCAAGAAGGUGAUGAUCAUCCACUUUCUUUAGAUGAAAUUCUCGAUGAAACGAAUCAAUUAGAUGUAUCUCCAAAGGUAAAAUUUUGGCUUCAAUCCGAAGCAUUACUUCAAAAUCCAAAGAUAGAAGUUACGCCAGAUACUAAAUUUCUUUUUAAAGCAAUGUACAAAAUUAAAGAUAAAAAAUCACUUUUGAGAUUAUUAAAACAACAUGAUUUGAAAGGCUAUGGUGGUAUUUAUUUGGAAGAUAUUCAGGAAAGUUUACCACAUUGUGAAAAACAUUUAAAGAGUCUACAAAAUGAAAUAAUAAUAAUAAAUCGACCAGACAAGAAGAAAGUUAUAUUUUAUAAUGAUAAAACUGCACAAGUUUUAUUUGAUGAAAUUUGGCUAAAUCUUUGGCGUUCAUCGGCAGUCGAUGCAAUGGAUGAUCAAAAAAUAGAGGAGAAUCUCGAGAAACAAGGAAUAAAAUCAAUGCAACAUCAUGGUGUUAAAAAAUUAUUACCAAUAAAGAGAAAGAAACCAAAUAUGAAAAGAAAACAACUUAAGAAACCAAGAGAUAAUGAACAUUUAGCUGAUGUUCUGCAAAAUUAUGAUGAAGCCAAAUAAAUAUUAAAUGGACUUUCUCUCGUGUUUGCAAAAAAAAAAUUGCAACAGACAAUUUGAUUGUUAUACAAUAUUGUAAAUAUGUAGAAAAAUUUGUUUCUUGUUUUGUAAAAAUUGCAAAACAAAGUUAUACUAAUUUUUACAAGACAUAUAAGGAUAAAUAGUAAGUUUGUGAAUUUUCAAAUUGUUCGUUAUUUCAUCUAUA